AUGUCUUCACCGGCCUUGACCCAUGAGUUGGACGCUGCUGGCGACUGGAUCGCCAAUCAUGUUGCGCCAGACAGCACCACGACCGUUCAUUCCACCUGGUGCGGGUCGAAUCAGAAAAUUGGCGCAGUUGCAAUCGAAGGGCAAAGAGCUGGCUCGCCCAUGGUUCACAAUAGUGUUACGGUGACCUCAGAGAAGUGA